AGCUUGCUGCUUUGUAGUCCUUCUGGAAGUACAGACAUGCUUUGUAGAGUUUUCUUUAAGCCAUCUUGGACAGUAUGUCUUGUAGUGUAUCUUGAUUGUAAAUAACGGGUGGUUGUCGAGACAGCAGAUGUUAGAAGAUGAUUUUAUGGUGCUAACAAUGAGGGUGUGUUAAUUUUUCAUCUCUGGCUUUCCAUGUAGCUACAGAUAACUAAAGUCCAGGAUGACUAAUAAUGACUGGAACAGAACUGGGGUCUCGAACUGUGGUUCUGUGCUUGAGAACUUCUUAGUGUUGUGAAUUAGUGCAUUAUGUCAAAGACUUCUUGCAAAUGUGAACAAAGUUGAAGGCAGUAUUGGAGCAGCCUACCUAAUGAUCCACCUUCCUGACUUCCUAACUUAAAGCCUGGAAUAUAAAAAGUGAUUUAAAUGCCAUAGCAUAUUUGAAAUCAAGCUGUCCUUCCAUGGAGUACUCAUGGCCUGAGGAAAAUGUCACAGGGCUGCCUUCUCUUCUCACCAGGAGGAAGGGUUUCUCGCCAUGGCCAUAACACAGUUUCGACUCUUUAAAAUCUGUACUUGCCUGGCAGCAGUGCUUUCUUUCAUUAAAAAGUUAAUAUGCAGGUCUGGAAGAGGGCGAAAGUUAAGUGGAGACCAAAUAACUUUGCCAACCACAGUGGAUUAUUCAUCUGUUCCUAAACAGCCUGAAGUAGAAGACUGGUCAUCAUGGGAUGAAGAUGCACCUACCAGUGUGAAGAUUGAAGGUGGCAAUGGUAAUGUGGCUGCUCAGCAGAAUCCUUUGGAACAAAUGGAACCUGAUUAUUUCAAAGAUAUGACGCCAACUAUAAGAAAAACUCAAAAAAUAGUUAUUAAAAAACGAGAGCCUUUAAAUUUUGGGAUACCAGAGGGAAACACGGGAUUCUCUAGCAGAUUAGCAGCUACACAAGAUAUUCCUUUUAUUCACCAGUCUCCUGAACUGGGGGACUUGGAUACUUGGCAAGAAAAUACUAAUGCCUGGGAAGAAGAGGAAGAUGCUGCCUGGCAGGCAGAAGAAGUUCUUAGACAACAGAAGAUAGCAGAAAGGGAAAAAAGAGCAGCAGAGCAGCAGCGGAAGAAAAUGGAGAAAGAGGCCCAGAGGCUAAUGAAAAAGGAACAAAACAAAAUUGGCGUAAAACUGUCCUAACAGAAACCAGGCAUCAACGGCAGUGCCAGUGAAGAAGAGAAUUUCAGCUCUAAAACAUACAUAUUGGUAUUGAUUUUAAGUAUUUCUAGGACUUCAACAUGCUGCUUGGUUUCAGUGCAUUCUUCAGGUCAUCUUGGAAUCCAGGAUUCUCCCAAAAUACCUUGAACUACUAGUUGGUUCUCUUAAAGGAGAAAAAGCCCACAGAAAAUCAUGCCUUGAUGGAAUCACGAUUCCUGCAAUAGUUCUAUUCCAGCGCCCUUCUUUGCAGCAGAAGUGAUUGAGCAGGGAUGUUGAUUGAAAGACAUUCUUAAUGAACAGCUCAAGCCUAGAGAAAAGAAUGUAAAUAUUCAGUGGUGGGAAAUCUACUGUAUUGUCUGUGCUUACCUGAAACAUGUAAUUAAACAGUUUUAAAGAA